AUGGUCGAAAAAUCAGAAAAUGAAAAGUCAAAUGGAGUUGAGCUCAAGAGAAAUAUCACUCUUGCGGGAGGAAUCGCCAUUACAGUAGGAACGAUGAUCGGAUCCGGGAUUUUUAUUUCUCCGACUGGUAUUAUCAGCAUGACUGGCUCAGUUGGAUCAGCCCUUAUUGUCUGGUGCAUAUGCGGUUUUAUCGCCAUUAUUUCAUCCCUUUCUUAUAUCGAGCUCGGUUUGCUGAUCCAAGAAGCCGGAGCGGAGUACUCCUACUGCUACAGAGCCUACGGAAGCAUCGUCGGCUUCUUGAUCGGUUGGACAAAUAUCAUUCUCUGCAAACCCGCUUCGCUGGCAGUAAUCGUCUCCGCCUUCGCUGAGUACACGACCGCUCCGUUUUAUCCCGGAUGCGACCCGCCCAAUGAUCUCAAACGAUUGGUUGCUAUUUGCGCCCUGCUUUUCAUUUCCAUCGUCAAUGGCUUGUCCGUCAAGGCGUCCGAAAGGAUGCAGAUUGUCUUCACUGUCGCCAAGCUUUCCUUGAUCGCCGCAAUCAUAAUCGGCGGAUUCGUCUACAUGGGAGAAGGCAACACUGAAAACUUUCAAAACGCCUUUGAAGGCACUUCAAGCUCUGCUUCCGCUUGGGCUAUCGCGAUUUAUAACGGAAUGUGGAGCUACGAUGGAUGGAACCAGCUCAACUAUGUCUCUGAAGAGCUAAUCGACCCAGUUCGCAACUUCCCAAUCGUCGUGAUCGUCGGAAUGACAUUGACAACUGUCGCUUAUGUCUUGACUAACAUCGCCUACUUUGCCGCCAUGUCACCGACCGAACUGCUCAAUUCCAACGCCGUCGCGAUCACUUUCGGCGACCGUGUUUUCAAGGGAUUCGCGUGGAUUGUCCCGAUCGGCGUCGCUUGCUCAACUUUUGGAGCUUCCAACGGACUCACUCCUCUGAUGGCGGUUGUUUUCAACACCUGCCUGGGCAUCAUUAUGCUGAUCCCGGACUCCUCUUCGAUUGAAAAUUUACUGGAUUACUUUUCCUUCGCCAUGUGGCUGAUUUAUUUCAUGACAUUCGUCUCGCUCAUCGUUUUCCGCUUCAAAGAGCCUUACAAGUCGAAAGAACGGGCUUUCAGAGUUUGGCUUCCGAUUCCGAUUCUGUGUGCUUGCAUUUCUGCUUACUUGGUCAUUGGCCCUCUUAUCGAGUACCCAAGUCCAGCAUAUGCAAUCGCCGCUGCCAUGGCUUUUGGCGGUCUAAUAUUCUACUUUCCCUUCGUUUUCUUCAAGCUCAGCCUGCCAUUCCGCAUUUUCGAGCGCGUCGAAGUUUUUAUUCAAAAGUAUUUUGAAGUUGUUCCCCUUGAUUCUGAUAAAAAGGAUGAAUAA